AUGGAUUUCUCUGCAGACGAUGAACAAGCUCUCAAGCAAUAUCUCCCAAGUGAGUUUGGGAAGAAGGAUGGCUCCGUAAACGUAGAGGCGCAAAUCGAGCGCGCCCGAAGGCCAGUGGUCGAUGAAAGCAAACAGGCGAAGAAAGAGGCCGGUUCUGACGACGACAAGGAUUCCGACGACGAUGACAGUGAUAUGAGCGAUGAGGAGGACGAGUAUCCGGUUUCUCACGAAUUGAUCAUCAAGACCCACGACCGCGCAGUCACGACGAUUGCGCUCGAUGCAUCUGGAACACGGCUGGUGACCGGAGGAAACGACUGCACACUCAAGCUGCACGACCUCAGUGCGCUCACGCCGAGUACCAUCCGCGCAUUCAAGACGGUAGAUCCCUUCACGACAAAACCCUCUCAAACCGCAGAAUCGCAUUCGAUACAUCAAGUCUUGUUCGGCCCACACUCUGGAGGCCAAUUCCUAUGCAUUACCGCGACUUCACAAGCAAGACUUUUCAGCAGGGAUGGAGAACUUAUAUCGGAGUUCGUCAAGGGCGACAUGUACUUGAGAGACAAGCACAAUACAAAAGGACACACAGCCGAAAUCACGAGCGGCGCAUGGCAUCCAACGAAUCGCGAUCGUUUUGCUACAGCAGGCACAGACAGCACUGUACGGAUAUGGGACGUGAACAAGAGGAUGAAGCAGGAAGAAGUCAUCGUACACAAAUCGAGAGCUUCCGGUAGUGCAGGCAUGACAAGGAUGACGGCCAUCGCAUGGGGUGCGGCGGCCGAGGGAGGAAGCAGUAUGCUUGUAUCAGCAGCACUAGACGGAAGUCUGGUCAUGUGGGGUGGUGAAGGUCCAUACCACCGACCAACAGCAGAAAUUAAAGAAGCACAUGCGAGGGACACCUGGACAAGUGGGUUGGAUAUCAGCGCAGAUGGCAGGCUGGUCAUUACAAGAGGAGGAGACGACACGAUCAAGCUGUGGGAUACCAGGAAGUUCAAGACACCCCUCAACACCACAUCACAUCCGUCAACGUCUUCGCAAUAUCCGACAUCGAACAUCAAGUUUGCGCCCAACUCGCAGAGCAUAGUCACAGGAUCAGAGACUGGCCACCUCCACAUCCUCAACCCUGCAACUCUUCGCCCAGAGCUUGUGACACCAGUAACUCCAGGGUCUCCUUUAAUCACAGUCAACUGGCAUCCCAGGCUCAACCAGAUUCUCACAGGUUCAGCCAACGGUCAGACAACGAUCCUCUUCAAUCCCAAGCUCUCCAACGCUGGCGCUCUCACAAUCCUCAGCAAGGCACCUAAGAAGCGGCAUCUCGAUGAUGACCCAUCUCUCACUGUAGAUAUGGAUCCUCUCGGAAUGGCUGGUGAAGCACAUGAUCCUUCUGGCAAUGCAGCCUCAUUCUCAGCGCGCCAUCCCACAAUUGGUCUCACAGCAUCCGGCAAAAGCAGGGAUCCACGGAGACCGCAUAUCCCAGCUACGACGCCUUUUGCAAAGUCAACGCCUGAUCAGAAAUAUGUCAUGGAGCAGAUUGAAGGCAGUGAUAUGAGGGACGAGGACCCUCGGGAGGCGCUACUCAAGUAUGCGCUGAAAGAGGGAGAGAAGGCUGUCUUUACAGGUGCGUGGGAAAAGACUCAACCAGUUGGAAUCUACAAGGAUUACGACAGUGAAGAGGAUGAGAGGGAGAAGAAGAAGGCAAGGCGAUACGUCCAAGCCCAACUUGGCCCAAACCGCGUCGCGCCCCAACACCCCCACCCGCCUCGCAUCACAACAACGUCCACCCCACAGCCGUCAAUUCGACCACCGAAAAGUACGCAACCCGCCAAUUCCGCACCACCAAAAACAACAGCGACGAUGUUUUCCUCCACAUUCCGCGCCGCAGCUCGCGCUCCCACCUCGGCCUUUACACGCAGCUUCUCCUCCACCCGACCCUCGCAAGUCGCGCGCAUGACCGUUAUUGGCCGUCUAGGUGUUGCACCCGAAGAAGUCACCAUAUCCGGCGACAGGACACUGGUUCGAUACAUAGUAGGAACGAACUACGGCAAAGGCGAUGACAAGAAGACCAGCUGGUUCCGGAUCGCGAGUUUCGUACAGGGAGCACAGAAGGAUUUCCUGAUGAACUUGCCAAAGGGAUCGCUACUCUAUGUUGAUGCUGAUGCGCGCAUGGAGACGUACCUUGACUCCGAGGGCAACAAGAAGAGCAAUUUGAGCUUGGUUGCACGCAACUUCGACGUCUUAUCCCGCCCUCGUAACACUGAGGAGACGGAGACUACCGACGAGGGUCUUGUUCAGGAAGCGCGUCAGCUCUGGGGCCACGCGCCCCGUGUACGGUCAUUCAAUCGCUUCACCCGCUAUCCACGCACAUUUGCGACUGUGUCUGGCACUGAUCGACCAUACGAUGUGAUAGUAAUCGGCGGCGGUCAUGCAGGAUGUGAAGCCUCCGCAGCGGCAGCCCGCUCCGGCGCACGAACAGCCCUCAUAACGCCUUCCGUCCACAACCUCGGUGUCUGCUCCUGCAACCCUUCUUUCGGCGGCAUCGGAAAGGGUACUAUGCUUCGCGAAAUCGAUGCGCUGGAUGGUGUCGUUGGACGUAUUGUGGACAAAGCCGGCGUACAGUUCAGGGUACUGAAUAGGAAGAAGGGCCCUGCAGUGUGGGGUCCCAGAGCGCAGAUUGACAGGGCGCUGUAUAAGAGAUACAUGAAGGAUGAGAUGCUAGGAUACAAGGGGCUAAGUGUCGUGGAGGGCAGUGUGGCGGACAUCAUUGUCGAUAGGACGCAAGAGGAGGGAUCGAAGGGCCGGUAUGGGAAAAUUACUGGUGUGAGGUUGGAGAGUGGGGAGAUAAUACCAACAGGCAAUGUUGUCAUAACGACUGGCACGUUUCUUGGUGGCGAAAUACACAUCGGGCUUGAGUCAUAUCCAUCGGGUCGCAUGGGCGAAGCUGCAACUUUUGGACUGAGUAAGAGCUUGAAGGAUGCCGGUUUCACAAUGGGAAGACUGAAGACGGGAACACCACCACGACUGGACGGAAAGACGAUCGACUACAAAGUUCUGGAAGCCCAAGAGGGUGAUGAUCCACCCAUGCCAUUCAGCUAUAUGAACGAGCGAGUACAGGUCGAGAACCAACUACUGAAUCACGAGACACGAACGAAUGAAGCAACCCACGACGUAAUACGAAACAACCUCGACAAAUCUAUACACAUUCGCGAAACCGUCAAAGGACCGCGAUACUGCCCUUCGCUAGAAUCGAAGGUAAUUCGCUUCGCAGAUAAGACAUCGCAUAUCGUAUGGCUGGAGCCGGAAGGUUUCGACAGCGACAUGAUCUAUCCCAAUGGAAUUUCCUGCACAGUCCCUGCAGACGUACAAAACACUAUGCUCAAGACUAUCAAGGGGCUUGAGAACGUGACCAUGUUACAGCCUGGCUACGGCGUAGAAUACGACUACGUUGACCCACGCCAUCUUCGUUCUACCCUUGAAACGAAGAACAUUUCAGGACUCUUUCUAGCAGGUCAAAUCAACGGUACAACUGGCUACGAAGAAGCAGCAGGCCAGGGUGUAAUUGCUGGUAUCAACGCCGGCCUGAAGAGCUUAGGGAAAGAAGCCAUGGUCUUAACGAGAGCGGAUGGAUACAUCGGCAUCAUGAUUGACGACCUCAUUACCAAGGGUGUCUCCGAACCGUAUCGUAUGUUCACCUCCCGCUCCGAAUACCGUAUGUCCGCCCGUGCCGAUAACGCCGACACGCGUCUUACGGCCAUGGGUCGAGCCGCCGGAGUAGUUGGCGACUCGCGCUGGAAAGCAUUCGAAGACGAAGCCGAGCAAAUGGCCACUUUGACACAGGUUCUUCAAUCUAAGACUAUGGGAUGGACAGACUGGAACAAAGAAGGUUUCCCUGUUAGAAACGACAGUACCAAACGUUCCGCAUACGACCUCCUCCGUCUACCCAACACCACUCCAUCAAACCUUGCGAGCCUCCUACCUGAAAUUAGAGAAUUCACACAGCGCAUACAAGACCGCGUACACAUCGAAGCCACAUACGCACCCUAUGUCGCCGCCCAAACUGCCUCUCAAGCCAGGUGGCUCAAGGACGAGAACCUGAAAUUACCACUUGACCUCGACUACGAAUCCAUAUUCGGGUUGAGCUUUGAAGAGAAGAGGGCGUUGGAGGUAGCCAGACCAGAAAGCGUAGGUAUGGCCAGGCGAGUUGAAGGUGUCACACCGACGGGUGCGCUGAGGUUGCUGCAGUAUGUUAGGGGUGUAGGAAGGGAGGAGAGACAGGCCAGGAUGAAGGAGGAGAUUGAGGCAAGGAAGGAGAAGUAUAGGGGUGCGACUCCAGGGUUAAGUGUGGAGGGAUUGUAG